UUUCAGGUCCAGCGUUUUGGGGGCUCAUCAAUCCAGAAUGGUCGUUAUGCAAUAAGGGUCGAAGGCAGUCACCUGUAAAUUUGGAGCCAAAUAAGCUGCUUUUCGACCCAAACUUAAGACCUUUGCACAUGGACAAACAUCGGGUGAGCGGUUCCAUGAUGAACACAGGCCACAGCGUGAUCUUCACAGUAGACAAUGAUACGCGGCAUCAUAUCAACCUCACCGGUGGUCCGCUGUCCUACAAAUACCAGUUCCAAGAGAUACAUGUACAUUAUGGGCUCCACGACCAGUUUGGAUCGGAGCACUCGAUUAACGGAUACGCUUUUCCUGCCGAGAUCCAGAUUUUCGGCUUCAAUUCCCAACUCUAUUCGAACUUUUCUGAGGCGUUGCACAAAGCUCAGGGGAUCGUGGUUAUUUCACUUCUUUUACAGCUAGGAGACUUGUCAAACGCAGAACUUAGGAUAUUAACAGAUCAGUUAGACAAAAUAAGAUAUGGAGGGGAAGAAGUAGAAGUAAAACGUCUUUCAGUUCGAGGUCUUCUACCUGACACUGACUACUACAUGACGUACGAUGGUUCCACGACGAUGCCUGCCUGCCACGAGACAGUUACGUGGCUGAUCUUCAACAAACCCAUCUACAUCACCAAGCAACAGAUGCACGGACUCCGUCGACUGAUGCAAGGUGACUCAAAACAUCCGAAAGCUCCUCUAGGAAAUAACUUCAGGCCACCACAGCCUUUGCAUCAUAGGCCCGUAAGGACGAAUAUUGACUUCAAUGUCAAGCACCGUAGUGAUACUGGUAAGCAGUGCCCCAGUAUGUACAAAGAUGUCUACUACAAAGCAAACAGUUGGAAACAACAUUAAGUGCUAGUGAUACUAAAGAAAGUAUGAACAGUUUACACAACAAUUGAUAGAUACAGUGACUAUCAAAUAUUUUUUUGAGCAGGAAAAUCAGUGAAGUGAUGAAAGAAAAACAUACGCUACUAUCAAGAUUACUUUGAUGUACAAGAUGGUUUGCCUAUAAGAUCAUAAACGGUAUCUCACUUGUACUUUUUAAAUUAUUGAUCUUUACCCAAAAUGGAAUUCUUCCAGAAGUACAACAGCGCAUUUUAAACUUAAACGUCCGGCUGUUGGAUAAACGUAUGCAUAGUGGUUUCUCAAGAAUACACUGUUUUUAUGCUUUACUACUUCAACAAACUCCAGCAAAUUGUAUGGGCGGCAGCAGGGUGGGCUAGGAGUGCCGUUGAUCCCUCUCAGAGUACGGUUGGGCCUUAAAAUUUGCAUACUUGGCAUGAUUUUGUGUACAAUUUUGAGGCUGUUUAGGAACUGCUGCCUCCUGCUCAUCAAGAAGUUUUGGGGCAGGUACACUUUUACAAAAAGUUAUCUCUUGCCGAUGAUCGCCCCUCAUGAGAAAAUUUCGUUCGCCCAUGUACCUUUGUAAUUAAGAAUAUGAUAGCUAAAUAUCGUCAAAACCGAUUAUUCAAUCGGUUGGUUAACUUUCAUGUUUGCUAACCAUAACUUGGAAGUUAACUGUUAGUUUUCAGUAUAUUCGUUUUUCAAGUUCUGGUUAGCUAACAAGUAUCAGACAACGCUGCAUCUACAUCUGAACUAUAAUGUUCGGUGCGUCUAUGUUGGUAUCUUGUGUCAUCCGUAACAAUUCAUGUCACUGCUAAGCAAAAAAGAUAAGGCACUGUGGUUUAACUACAACUUUCUAAUCAGCCCGUACACGAACCAGUGGUUAAAGUUGACUACCAUUUUAGGACAAACCUAACAGUAAAUUAAUGUUAACCUGCAACCGAAAAACUUGGUCUAAGUCAAAAUUAAACUUAUUUCAAUUUGCCUAAAUACUAAAAAUAUAGAAAAUAAUUGUAUCCCAAACAAGUACAUUUUGACCCAAAAACACAUUUCAUACGUAACUGUUCGUCACAUCCCCUCACGUAGGACCUUUAUCCUCAAGUCCGUCUGUCGGUUUGUUCAAUAUGUCAUGUCUGAAAAACCAGGAACCUGUAGAAAGAAUCCAGUCAUGCUGUAAGCAAAUAAUAGAAGAACUACCUUGCUCGACCAAUUUUUGACUUUCCCGAUCCUCUCCAAUGCCAUCUAAAUUAAUUUUGUCCACACUGUAUAUUCUUAUGAUGGAUAAUUAUUGUGGGAAAACUGUCGAGUACUUCAAAGUAAAAAUACGUUACAUCACAAAAAAAUCCUGUAAACGCCGAAGUGAAGUGACCAAACAAUACUAGUGCUAAUUAUUAACAAUACAAAAAUUAAACAUAUCAUAUUUUGCAAAAUGUAUGUUAUAUAUAUAUGACUGAUUUGUUGUUACUGCUUUAGGGCAUAGUGUAAAGGAUAAAAAUGUAGUUAAUAAACGGACGUUAUGUUUAAAUGCCAUAUUCUAUAAGGUAUUUUAGUAAAAAUGCUGAGCGAUGUACAUUUAGCUUUGUAUAGUCACAUAUGGAUGCAAGAUGAUAAUCUUAUAAGUUCCGUGUAUGGUUCUGUUAUAAAGUGAUG